UCUGUUAAAGAUCUGAUGCAGAAGCCCACACUGAUGAUUCCUCCUCUGAUGGAGGGAAAACAGACCACACUGACCUGCACUGCUCCUGGUCUCUGCUCUGGAUCUGUUCCUCAAAUCACCUGGACAUGGAGAGGAGAAGGAGAGAAUGACUCUCACAUCACAGGAAAUGUCACUGCUGUCAAAAAUGAGUCUGUAACGUCUGUAGCACAGAGAUACAGCUCGACUUUGACCUUUGACCCCUCAGCUGAGCACCAUGGCACCAGUGUCACCUGCAAGGUCGGCUUCAGAAACAACAUCACUGCAGAGGAGACAGUGACUCUGAAUGUGACCUAUACAAAGAAACCUGUAAUCACUGGGAGGAGAUCUCUCGAGGAGGGAGAUGCUCUGAAUCUUACCUGCAGUUUUGAAAGUUUUCCUCCAUCUCGUAUCACAUGGACUAUACUUGGUUCCAACAAAAAGCUGCACAAUGAAUCUCGUAGUUACCUGCAGAGCAGCCCUGGAUCAGCCACACUGGUCAUCCAUAAUAUGGCCGUAGAACAUUCUGGAAAGUACAUCUGUACAGCACAACACUUGAACACAACGGUGGCUGUAUAUGCUAAUGUAACUGUGACUUGUGAGUAGACUGUACUAAUCUUCUCAAAAAUGUU